CCAGUGUCUGACAGCGCAAACACACUGCGCACGCUUUGUACAAAUAUAUAUAUAUAUAUAGAAAUAUAGGGCAGAAACGUACACUUUCUCUAUUAACUGUCACAUUUAACUCUUGCCACUCAGUAAGUAGCGCUAAAAAGUGCGCAAAUACAUAGGGCAAAUUUUACUCUUCUAAUGGUGGAGUAAAUGAGCAGCAACCUGGGCUCUCGAGUUUGCAGCGAUCCACACACACACCCUGCGAUCGAUCUAUUCUGCCAGCGCUGAUUGAGGCGCCCGGGGGCGGAUCCCCUCCUGCUCCCUUAUUUGUUGCGAUUCUUUGGCGACAGAUUGAGUCUGGGCUGGUGUUAAAGGCCGGGGCUACUCCUGUGUGCGCGCUCCCUGCGCUACUCACCACUUACUAUCAGCAGCCGCAACAAUGAUCUGGAGAAGUCUGAGGUUUGUUCCUCAGCGACUGAAUACUUGCGAAUCGCUGCCGGUCUGGAAUUCAGUUGUCGCUGCGACUCGGAGGUCUCUCAGUGCAACUUCUAUCUCCCAGGGCGAGGAAAAUCAGUCAGCAUUUUUAGGAAGGAGAUGGAAAGAUACGGCAGAGACAGUGAUCAUUGGUGGUGGGUGCAUUGGUGUGAGUUUGGCCUAUCACCUGGCUAAGGCUGGCAUGAAAGAUGUUGUUCUGUUGGAGAAGUCAGAACUCACGGCUGGAUCCACAUGGCAUGCUGCUGGGUUAACCACAUAUUUCCAUCCUGGAAUAAAUCUGAAGAAAAUACAUUACUACAGCAUAAAAUUGUAUGAACAUCUAGAAGAGGAGACUGGACAGGCAGUUGGGUUCCAUCAACCAGGUAGUUUAAGAAUUGCUUCAACUCCAACAAGAGUGGAUGAGCUGAAAUACCAGAUGACUCGGGCUCGUUGGCAUCCAAAUCCACAGUAUCUGGUGGAACCGGAAAGAGUGCAAGAGUUGUUCCCUUUACUGAACAUGAACAAGGUUUUAGCUGGUCUGCAUAACCCUGGAGAUGGCCAUAUUGAUCCGUAUUCCUUGACGAUGGCGCUGGCAGCUGGAGCUAGAAAAUACGGGGCACAGUUAUAUUACCCUGCAGAAGUGACUGGUUUAAUACCCCAGUCUAAUGGGACAUGGAAUGUGGUAACACAGCAUGGAACAAUUCACGCUAAAAGGAUUGUGAAUGCCGCAGGAUUCUGGGCCCGAGAAGUUGGAAAGCUGAUUGGAUUCCCACAUCCCCUAAUUCCCGUUCACCAUCAAUAUGUCGUCACAGCCACGGUCCCAGAAGUAAAAGCUCUUAAAACAGAGCUGCCUGUUCUCCGUGAUCUGGAAGGAUCUUAUUAUUUAAGACAAGAGAGGGAUGGGCUCUUAUUUGGACCCUAUGAAAAUCAAGAAAAAAUGAAACUGCAAGACUCUUGGGUAACAGACGGCGUUCCUCCAGGCUUUGGAAAAGAAUUAUUUGAGUCUGACCUAGACAGGAUUAUGGACCACGUGGAAGCUGCUAUGGACAUGGUUCCUGUUCUGAGAAAUGCAGACAUUAUCAAUAUAGUGUCAGGGCCCAUCACUUACUCUCCAGAUAUUCUUCCAAUGGUUGGCCCUCACCAGGGGGCACAGAAUUACUGGGUAGCUAUUGGCUUUGGGUAUGGUAUAAUCCAUGCAGGGGGCAUAGGAAAGUUCCUCUCCGACUGGAUAAUGAGUGGUGAACCCCCAUUUGAUCUCAUUGAAUUAGAUCCAAAUCGCUAUGGAAAGUGGACAACUACACAGUACACAGCAAUAAAAGCAAGAGAGUCCUAUGGAUUCAACAACAUAGUUGGCUACCCUAAAGAGGAGAGGUUUGCUGGUCGGCCCACAGAGAGAACAAGUGGACUUUAUGAUGAGUUGAAGACAAAAUGUUCAAUGGGAUUCCAUGCUGGAUGGGAACAGCCGCACUGGUUCUACAAACCUGGGGAUGAAAUUGGAUACAAACCAAGUUUUCACAGAACAAACUGGUUUGAGCCCGUGCGGCGUGAAUAUAAACAGGUCAUGGAGAAGGUCGGAGUGAUUGAUCUCACCCCGUUUGGCAAGUUUACGGUAAAAGGAAAAGAUUCCAUAAAUCUCCUGGACCAUCUAUUUGCCAAUACCAUUCCAAAGGUGGGUUUUACUAACAUAAGCCACAUGCUAACUCCAAGAGGCCAAGUGUAUGCUGAGCUCACAGUCUCACAGCUCUCUCCUUGUGAGUUCCUUCUAAUUACUGGGUCUGGAUCCGAACUUCAUGAUUUAAGGUGGAUUGAAGAGGUUGUAGCAGAAGGGAAAUAUAGAGUAGAUAUAGCCAAUGUGACCGAUGAGAUUGGAGUUCUGGGUAUAGCGGGACCCUUGGCCCGGAAGGUCCUACAGAAACUCACAUCUGAUGACCUGAGUAAUACAUCUUUCAAGUUUCUUCAGUCUAGGAAACUAAAUAUUGCUGGAAUCCCUGUAACCGCCAUACGGAUUUCAUACACAGGUGAGCUUGGCUGGGAGCUUUAUCACAAGAGACAGGAUACACAUGCCCUGUACUGUGCCCUCAUGCAAGCUGGCCAAGAAGAGGGAAUUGAUAACUUUGGGACAUAUGCCAUGAAUGCUCUGAGACUAGAGAAAGGAUUCCGUGCUUGGGGAGCAGAGAUGAAUUGUGACACCAACCCCCUGGAGGCUGGCCUGCAAUAUUUCAUAAAGUUAAACAAGCCAGCAGAUUUUUUUGGCAAGCAAGCCUUGAAGGAAAUAAAGGAAAAGGGGCUUCAUCGGAAGUUGGUAUAUCUAACCGUAGAUACAGCUAAUGUGGAUCCUGAGGGCAAUGAGAGUGUAUGGCACAAUGGAAGGGUUGUUGGUAACACUACUUCUGGAAGCUACAGCUACAGCACCAAUCAAAGUCUGGCAUUUGCUUAUGUACCUGUCGAACUUAGUGGCACUGGGCAGAAAUUGGAGGUGGAACUUGUUGGUAAUAACUAUCCAGCCACUGUAGUGCAAGAGCCACUAGUACUGACUGAGCCCACCAGGAGCCGCAAGCAGAGAAGCGCUACAGUGUAAUGGAAAGCAAAGGCUUCCUAAUAUAGAAUUAAUUACUAUGUGAUGUGCCACUCUUCUUCCAGUCCAGAAUCAGAAGAGACACUGCAAAUGGAUAAUACAGUGGUAGGCUCAAACCAUUGAAAGAUACAGAUUAAAAUUUAUGUUAUCCACUUACAGAUCAAUGAAGAGUAAUCAUAGACAUACAUACUAGUCAUAAACAGACCAUUAAUUUUCAUUAUUGAUCUCUCUCUCUGGAAGGCGUAUUCAGUCAGGAAGUGCCUAACUAGUCUAGCACCCUAAUGGGGAAAUGUGUUAAAAGUCCCAAACUAGCAACUAUACAUUGACUUGAAUAAGAGACUGGAAUAGGAAUAGGAGUAGCCUGAAUAGAUAGACAAGUAAUAAAAAAUAUCAAUAACAAUAAAUGUGUAGCCUAAAAGAGCAUUUGUUUUUAGAUGGGGUCAGUGACCCCCGAUCUGAAAGCUGUAAAAAGUCAAAAGUAGUGGGCAAACAAAAAAAACUAUAGAAAAUAAACAAUGUAGACCAAUUGAAAAGUUGCUUAGAAUUGGCCAUUUUAUAACAUACUAAAAGUUUGCUUAAAGUUGAACCACCCCUUUAAUGGUGCCUAAUUCCUUUCUGGAUUCCUAAAACUAAUAAUAAAUCUGCACAAAGAAGCUUUGUGUUGUCCAUUUCCCCCCACAAAUUCUCCCAAACAUCACAGGAUACAGCUUUGUGCUUCUGAGAGAAAAGUGUUCACCACUGGUGAUAUACAGGGAGUUUCAGCCAUUGUGUUUUAGUAGGGAAGAACUAAUAUGAUGGCACUAAAUAUUGUCAUAUCGGUGACCUGAACCCCUGGCUUCCAUGAUGAUAACAAUCAUGAAGUUGUGAUCACGGCAGGAUCAUGAUUUCAGUGAACGCAAGACUUUUAAAAUUAGCAUGGAGGUGCAGUGAUUAACAUUGCUGUGCUGGGGUUCAGGUUCAAUUCCAGCCAGGACAAGAUUUGUUCUCUACUGCUUGCAUGGUUUUCCUUCCACACUCCAAAAACAUACAGCAGGUUAAUUGGCUUCUGAGAGAAGGGGACUUCAUUGUGCAUGCAACAGGGACCUCAGAUUGUAAGCUCCACUGGGGCAGUGAAUAAUGUAUAAUCUCUGUAAAGUGCUGUGGAAUAAUAAUUUCUGAAAUUGAUUCUACUUAAAGGUUAUUAACCACU